CGCAACUACCUACUAGGUACUUCAAGUUGUGGUAGCACCAUCUUCCCAUCUUCACAGGAGGACUCAGACUCAACUUGAAUGUCUCCUUCUCCUUCAGUCUCCAGCCAAACGACCAUCUUGCCGCUGCCCGGCACUGGAACACUGAAAAGAAAUACCUACUUGCCGAUGAGAUGCUGUACUAGCACUCCGCUGCAGGCUACUCUCCGCUACUAGUAUCUCCGCAAUCCUUUCAUGUCCACCUACCUAUUAUUACGUAGGCAUUUUUUACUAUGGUGGACACAUGUUCCGUCCUAUCAUUCUAGCAACAUCCGCUGUUAACUGACGUUUGUGGCUGAGACGAGACUCUCGACAGCGAUACGCAUCGCUAGUCUUAUCAGUAGGGACAAUACUGUGCUCCUCCUAUUCUCUCUUCAAGCCAGCGUUGCUUCGUGCUGUCUUCUUUUGCCGCAGUCAAGGGCGAUAUGAUCCUCGUUACCGCUGAAUGCCGCUGACAAUAUAGUUUUGUUCUAUACCUCCUCGUGCACGAAGCACGUAUGGCUGAUGAUGUCGAGCGGCUUACUGGAAUCCUUCUUGGGCGCACUGCAAGCAACCUUGUCCAUAGUCCUGGUCAUCUUUUACGGCGUUCUAGCGACUCAGUUCCAGCUUCUAGACGCGCCUUCUUCCAAAAAGAUAUCUGCAGUCUGCAUCAAGCUUUUUUUGCCGGCCCUCCUCAUCACGAAGGUCGGGAGUGAGCUCCACGCUGACACGGCAACCCGGUAUAUCCCUGUUUUAAUUUGGGCCAUCUCCUACGCGCUGUUCUCAAUCGCCAUAGGUCUUUUGGCCGUCAGGUUCUUUAAACUUCCUUCUUAUAUUACCCCAGCAAUCGCGUUCAAUAAUACUACCAGCCUGCCACUUCUCCUUGUUGAGUCUCUGGAGUCUACUGGCAUACUUAACCGCCUUCUGCGAAACGGCGAGAACAUCGAAGAGGCUGUUAACCGAGCACAAGCCUACUUCUUGGUGUGUGCUAUAGUGGGUAAUUGCUUAACCUUUGCCGUUGGCCCACGCCUUAUCGAUGGGGAAUUUGCUCCGGAUACGGACGAUGAAUCGUACAAGGAGGAUGAGGUCCCGGUCCACGGGGAGGAGGGAGUCACCACUGAAGAACACCGCCGAGGAGAAGGUGGCCAUGUGGAGCGAGGCCGGCAAGGCUCGGACGACAUAACUCCCUUGUUACCCGGUCGGAUUCGUACGUUUGGAGACGAAAUUGAGGCAAGUGUGUUCCAUAUUGGAAGGGCGCACUGGAUCAAGCUGUCUCCUCGUACGCGCUAUUUCCUCACAUUUAUGUCCGACUUUAUCAAUGCACCCCUCAUAGGAGCCAUCGUGGGAGCGGUGAUUGGCCUGACCCCAGCCUUGCACAGGGCCUUCUUUAACAACACAGAGGAUGGAGGCUUCUUCAAAGCAUGGCUUACGACCUCUUUGAAGAACAUUGGAGAGCUAUUUGUCAGCUUGCAGGUUGUGGUGGUCGGAGUGUCCUUGUCAUCCUCGCUGCGUAAGAUGAAAAGAGGCGAGGACAGAGGCUUGCCGUGGAUGCCGACCGCUUUCAUUUUGUUGACUAGAUUUGUGCUGUGGCCGGUCCUUUCCAUCGCCAUCAUCUGGACUCUCGCUACAAAGGCCAAAGUGCUGCCUAAAGACCCCAUGCUUUACUUUGCCAUGAUGCUAAUGCCAACCGGACCACCGGCCAUGAAGUUGGUAGCCAUGGGAAAACUCAAUGGCGUCCGCGAGGAGGACGAAAUGAUUUUGUCGAAACUCCUGACAUUGUCCUAUGCAGUGUCGCCCAUCCUGGCAUUGACAGUGGUCGGAAGUCUUUAUGCUAGCGAAGCAGCAAUGGCACCCUGAAGACCGGUCAAGAGUCCACAGUCGGGCGACUGAGCCCUCCUUUGCAUCAUCACAAGUAGAUGCCAUAUAUACCCACAUCUGAAGGAAACAAGAGAUGACUCUGGAAUCAAGAACAGUAUAUAGGUCACAUGACUCGGGGGUGGACAGCAGUGAUCUAGCAAGGCUGGCCUGGUAAGGAGUGCUCCGCCUAACAGCGGACAUGCCGCCACACGCCAGCUUCUGAUCGUCGGCGAAGGGAGCAUCUAGACUCGCUUUGAGGUCCAGCAGCAAAUCUACAGCCACGAUAGAGCCUGGUCGCUGACGUCGACGAGCACAUCCAAGAUGACCAAGCAGGAGGUCUUCCAACAUCUAUCAUUAUUGUGCGGAAGGUUUCGAUUCAGCGGCCCAUUUUUGCAGGAAAUUAGAAGCCCCAUCUGCCCGAUCCGCAAGCGUCAACAACAUAAAACAAGGAAAUCGGGUGUGCGUUAUUGUUACAAUGGCAUUAUGCAAAAGCAAAAGGGGUUAUUCAAGAACAUUGUUAACAUCGCUGAACUGAAACUCGAAUAUGGCCGUCAGAAGCGCCUGGGUUUUAGGCCCUAGGUGAAGUCUUGGGUAGAGAGGUACGCCUGCAGAAGCGAGUGGCACGAUGCCAAAACGAUCGUUCGGGGCGAGGCCAUGGCGAGGCUAACGACGGAAGUCGGAAAUUGACAGCAAAUUGACAGCAGCCAGGUGCAGUGGUAGCUCGCCAUGCUGCGGCAACUGUGAACGAGUGAGCUGAAAAGGUCGACAGACUUCUGACAGAGGAGAUCAGGGGCAAUCUUUUGGUGUUGGAGUUGCAGAAUGCCUGCCGUAAGGAAGAUCUUGAAGAGAAGCAGUGCUUGAGGAGAAGUCGACGAUGCCUGGGCGGUUACUAUACUACAAGAGCGUCUACCACCAUCGGUCUCGGUGUUUAACCAUAAGGUCAGCAUGUCGCUCAUACUACGAGUGCGAGUACGCGGCACCCUACAGUAGGACCAGUAGUUGUAGUAAUAAUAGUGGAAUUGUGGA